AUGGCACAGUUACUGGUAGCUGCCGACAAAUAUGACCUCCCUCUACUGAAGGAUGCUCGUGAGGACCAGUCGGUCCAGAAUUUGUCUGCAGAAAAUGUGGCAGAGUGCGCGGUGCUGGCCUCGAGAGAUGGCAAGACGGAGGCACACAGAGUAAUACUGGCAGCCAGAAGCCCUGUCUUCGCAGCUAGGCUGCCGCACCACAUCACAGAAGCUGCCAGUGGUUGUUUGCACGUACCAGUUAUCGAGGCUGCCACUGUGGAGCACUUCGUCAGUUGCCAGUAUAUGGACGAGGUCCCAGAAAGGAAGGGUAAUGCGGCAAAGCCACAGGCACCUGCAGAGACGUGUAGGCCCCCUCCCCUUAAGGAGGCUUGUGAAGAGCACUCUGUUCAGGGUUUUACAUUGGAGGACGUGGCAGAGUGUGUGGUGCUGACAUCGCAGCACGUAUGCUCGCACACCUGCAAGAUGCUGCCGUCUAACUCAUCUGCUAGGACCCCCUGGAAGCCUAGAGAAUGGAAUGCUGGUGAGACAGGGCAGCCAGCUGCCCACAGCUGA